AUGCCACGCUGCUUCAGCGGCUCGGUCAAUACCGUCCGCAUCUACAACAUCAGCCCCAAGAUCAACCACGAUGAAUGCGUGUCCAUCUUCAACGCCGCCGGAAUCUACCUCCUCCUCGAUGUCAACACCCCCGACUACGGAGAACACAUCAACCGAGCAGACCCUGCCUCGACCUACCACAAGGGAUACGUCAAGCACAUCUUCUCCAUGGUAGAGGCCUUCAAGGACUAUCCCAACCUCCUCGGCUUCUUCGGCGCCAACGAGAUCAUCAACGAGGACUCCCACAAGGACGUCCCCGCCUACAUUCGGGCUGUCCAGCGCGACCUGAAAAAGUACAUCGCCAAGCACGCAUCGCGCAAGAUCCCCGUCGGCUAUUCCGCCGCCGAUGUCCGCAGCAUCUUGGAGGACACCUGGAAGUACGUUUCCUGCGACCAGGGCGAUGACGGCCACUCCGACUUCUUCGGCCUCAACUCCUACUCCUGGUGCGGCGACGCGACCUAUCAGUCCAGUGGCUAUGACAAGCUGGUCUCCAUGUUCUCCAAAACCUCUUUGCCCAUCUUCUUCUCCGAGUACGGAUGCAACGAGGUCAAGCCGCGCGUUUUCUCUGAGGUCCAGGCUAUCUACGGCAAGGAAAUGACCGAGGCCAUGUGCGGCGGCCUCGUCUACGAAUACUCCAUGGAAGCCAACGAAUAUGGCCUGGUCACCCUCGAGAGUGACAAGAGUGCCAAACUCCUCGUUGAUUAUGACAACCUGAUGGAACAGUAUAGCAAACUGGACAUUCAGCGUCUCCAGAACAUUGAUCCCAGCACCACUUCCAUCACGCCGCCCCGAUGCAGCUCCAGCCUCAUCAAAUCCAGUGGUUUCCUAAACGACUUCGACAUCCCUGACUUCCCCGAGGACGCCGAGAAUCUCCUCGAAAGGGGUGUUCCUGGCGCGAAGAGAGGGAAACUGGUCGAAGUCAAGAAGACCAAGGUCGGAACAAAGGUGUUUGACAAGGAGGGGAACCCCAUCUCUGGCCUGGAACUGAAGAUCUUGGAGGACGGCCAGUCCAACUCCCCCGGCGAAAACACGUCCGGCCGGUCUUCGGGCUCUGGAGCGCCUAAGCCGACGGGCGCUGCGGCCAAGUCGGUCAUGGCUGGCCUUGCCCCUGUUCUUGCUGCAAUGGCCGCUGCAUUUUCUCUCCUAGCCUAG